UCAAAGACCCUACUAUGAAAUGUGCCGUGCCUAGUAGUUAGGCAUAUAUAUGUGCACCGCUGCAGCCCGGCGGCUGUUCCUAGUUCCACCCUUGUACAGCUAGAUUCAUCACUGCAGACAGACGUACGUAGACAACGGUCGUCCGAAAAAGAUGUUCCUCCUGCUGAGUACGAGUCUUCUUCUGGUGGCCGUGACGCCUGCCUUCACAGCCGUCACACCAGGUAAUCAGCAGCCUCCGCCGUGUCUUCAGGGUCAAGCCUGCCGACACAUCAAUAAUCGCAGUUCCAUGAACAACACAGUCUUCUGUUGUCCAAAUGGUCUCGGCCUGAGCGUAAUGAGCAACGGGUACUCCACCCACUGUGCGUGUGGCAACAACAACUACAUCUCCGUUGAAGGCCAACGUAUCAGCAGAGCAAUGAGACGAAGUAUGCAAAGAUUCCAGGAGAACUUCCAGGCACAGAUGGCCGCCUUCAACCGUCAAAUGUCAAACAUGAGUCGGAACCUUGCCAACAUGUUCAGGGGCGGGUUCUGGUAGAACAUGGACUAGUAGUUCCUGUAUUGUCGAUUUGAAAAAAAAGAAACUUUGAUUUGAAAAGACAUGCACCCUACAUAUAUCCUGAUCGAUUUCUUUUUUAAUUAUAUACAUGAUACCAUAUGCACUCGGAAUUCCAUUUAAAUAUUAGUCGGAAUGAUAGCCCGGAACCAUUUGCAUGCGAUGUAACCAUAUACGAUUUAUUGCUAGUAUUUUAUAAAUUAGAUGCUGAUGCCUAUCAAUAACAUUAUAAUGAAACCAUUACCACUGAGAGAAACAAGCUACUUCAAAAUGACAAAUAUUAUCCCAGUAAAGUGUGUCUGUAAAAUAAAGGUUGAAAAUCAG